CCCGACGACUACUUUAGCAGGCUCCAAUCCUGCAAAGCUAAACUGGCAAGUGAAGCAUCGACGGGGGUCUGCGCUCAUGCUGACCAUGGUGGACACGAACGGUAGUACAGGUGGGGUUUCCCCACAUUUGUUCAAUGUCACUGCCGGUAAUGACACUUCAUGUCUUCCAUCUGCACCUGCGUCCAGCAUAGCCCACAUCACCCCCAACGUGACAGGCUCGGUCUUUACAUGCGAACCCUGGGGCCUUACGCUCUCUAACGGGACGCAGCCAUACAGCGUUGUGAUUGCCGCAUUGGACUCGCCUCUCAUCACGAAUAUCUCCGUGCCCCAAGGCUACGAUGUGUUCACGUAUAUCAACCGAGCGAAUCCAAAUGGCCAAAUGCUGGCGGCGGUCGUUGACGCAGAAGGCCAGUGGGGUUACGCGACGCAAGUUGUGAACACCGCAGGCAACGCUAACACGACAUGUGUUGGCCUAGUCUCGAGCUUUGAUACCACUGCCGAGAUUGUCGCUCAAGCUGCAGCCAGAGCUCAUGCUGCUGCAGAGGCUGCCAAACGUCGGCGGACAGACAUCAUUGUUGGUGUCGUUGUUGGUGUGUGUGGCCUUCUCAUCAUCGCCGGAGCAGCUGCAUGGUGGUGGUGGAGGCGGGGAAAGGCACGGGAGGACGGGACCUGGGAUCAUCAAGACACACUUGCCCGCGCAUGGGACGCACAGGACUCAACCGUAGCCGAGGUGCCCCGAGCAAGAGAGUAUCGGCGCGUAAAGACGUUCUCGCAGGACAUGCCGCCCAUGACCUCGACAGGCAGCCCGGCAUAUACGCCUCUGUUGACACAGCCAGUGGACGCCGCGAACGAGCACACCGGCUCCCGCCCAAUACCGCAGCCAUCGCCUCCUGCAACUCCGCCGCCGGACCGCUCGCGCAGACGACGCAAGGGACAAAAAGCGCCCCGAUAUACCACUAACGCAAGUUCGUCCUCGGCGUGGUCGGAGUCGAGUCCGGGGCUAUCCCGCACGCCUCAGCUCCCUCCGCUGACAUUCUCCCAACCGCUCUCAGUGCCGGCACUUCAGGCGUCAUCGCCACAGAUGUCGACACAACGAAGUCGAUCAUUCAUGCUCAGCCCGUCGAUACUUGACCCCGACGUGCAGCCGGAUAUCAUCAUCCAGCACCGAGACGGCGGGAUCGUCCAUGAAUUACCCCCGCCAUACUUGGAUCGCUACGACGCUAUGUCUCCCGAGAGUGGAUGAUAUCCACCUUUUCUGUGGGUUGGGCUAAGGUUUGUGAGGCUCUGGUCAUUCUCAUUCACGCGUGUGUGUGAUGGACACGUUACGUUUGUCGAUUCUCAUGUGGGCUCGUGCGCUUUUGCCACCCGGUAAUGUUCGGUACACACGCUCUCUAUCGUUCGUGAUUAAUAGUUUUAUAUGUAACACCUGCCAGCUAGUGCUAUAGUAUAUAUUCUCUAAGG